GAACAGCCAGUGAGCGCGGCGAUCCCGCGGCACUCGGGCUCCUAUUGGCGGAAAGCGGCAGUUCCGCCAAGCCCUUCCUGCUUCCGGUUGGUGGGGUGGGUGAGGGGAGCCGGCGGGGGCCACAGGGGAGGUCGGUGCAGCCCGGCGCGGUCCGCGCCUGCGUUGCUCUGGCGGUCCCGUCACCGCCGACGGCGCAGCAUGGGAUGCUCUUGAGCGGCGGAUCGCUCUUCCCUAGGGCCGGCCUUGCCACUGCCCGUGCCCGUGACUGUGCGAGGCGGGGGGAGGCCGGGCGGCUCCGGGGCCGGGCCGGCAGCAGGAUGUCAUCACCUUGCCAUACCUCUGCUGUGCUGGUAGUUUUUAUGGCCCUUGCUGUUGUGGGGGCUGAACAGUCAAAAGAGAGGAGUUGUGAUGUGAUCGGUGAUGAAAGCAGCGAGUCGCAAAUGGAAAGAGCCCUGCUGAAGAAACUGGAGCCCCUAAGCCCAAUGAGGUUUAACGUGACUGUGGAGAAAGGCAAAACGGAAAACUACGUCUACCAUUUCAGAGUGUGCAGGGAGGUCAACAGCAGCUUGCAUGAUUUUGGUGGCCUGGUGCAAACAGAUAGGCAGAACGGGAAGACCACAGUGAUAGGAAGAAUCAAUGAAACCCAGGUCUUCAAUGGAAGUGACUGGAUCAUGCUGAUUUAUAAAGGAGGUGAUUCAUAUGGCAGGCACUGCAGUGGUGAGAAGAGAAGAGCUGUGAUAAUGAUUUCUUGCAAGCGGGGAGUUACAGCAAGCUCAUUCAGCAUUAUUUCAGAAGAGCGGGAAAAGGAGCAGGAGUGUUUCUACCUCUUUGAGAUGGACAGCAGUGUGGCUUGUCCAGCUCAAGAUUCCCACCUCAGCGUUGGCUCCAUUUUACUGAUCACGUUUGCUUCACUGAUUGCAGUCUACAUCAUUGGUGGGUUCCUGUACCAGCGCCUUGUAGUGGGAGCAAAGGGCAUGGAGCAGUUUCCUCACUUUGCCUUCUGGCAAGAUCUGGGCAAUUUGGUAGCGGAUGGCUGUGACUUUGUCUGCAGAUCCAAGCCUCGAAAUGCACCAGCCACAUACCGAGGGGUGGGUGACGACCAGCUGGGGGAGGAGUCGGAGGAGAGGGAUGACCACUUGCUACCAAUGUGAUCAGCUUUCAACAUUGAGUUCUUUUCUCCCCAUCUCCCCAGUUUAGCUGGGCAUCUCCCAGCCAGUUCUCCUUCUCUUGCCCUGAUUUUCUUUACACUCUUUACUUUCGCUGUCUCUGGUGCGCCAAGUCCCAUGGAUGCCUCUGGGUGUGAACAGAACCGGUCCCUGGUGGCAUGUCUUGUGAAUAUAACACUGGUUUAGGUUUUUAAAAAUGCAGCAGAGCUGAGGGGAGAAAGUGCUGAGACGAGACUUGAGAGAAGAUGGCAAGAAAGCAAUAUGAGUGUUCAGCAUGGGAGAGAAAUCACCAAGAGAUAAAAAGAACCAUGGAUGGGUGCAGAAAGGGGAAGGAGGCCAUGGGUUAAAACAGCUGAAACUGUAGGAGGGAUCUUUUGUGUCUUCCCUCUCACCCCUAAGGUUUACAGGAUCCGUAAGACACUGGAAUUCCUUUUCUUUGAAUGCAUUUUCAGUUUUUCUAGCUUUGCACUGCUUCUGCCAGUGUAACCUGCAGCGUGCUCUAUGCCAGACUCUGUGGGGGUGGAGGAGGCAUUGGCACCUCUGCAGUAUUUUCUUUUCUUAAUGGCAGUAUGUAGAAGAGUACACACCAGUUUCUUUCAACAGAUAUAAAGGGAUGCAUGCCAUCCUCUCAGACAAUUGAGAAGGGGCAAUGCUAAAAAAAAAGAGUUAAAUACAGUCUCAUGAAUUUCUAGUUCAGUCACAAUAUUGUCUUGGCUUUCUCAAAUCACUGAGAAGCAAAAGGAAAUAAAUGUGCUGCUAAGUAAAGGGAACAUUUGCUGAAACUCACAUGAAGGCACAAUGAAACAGGUAGCUGCCACUCAAGUUCUAAGCUUCCUGAGGUGACUGCCCACACAGUUCAGUCACCCUUCAGCAUUAUGAUUACAUGCUCUCCAGAAGUUCCUUGUUUGGCAGAGGGUUUUCCCAGGAAGCUACCAGAAUAUAAAAAAAUGAACCAUAGAAGCCAAGGAUAAGAGUGCUUGUGUAAUAAAAAACUGUGUAAGGGACUCCUGCACUGCCAGGGUCAGCUUUCAUAAAUCAUUGUCCCUCAAGCAUGGUACAGAUAGUACUUGGAUACUGCUGCUGGCUGGGAGUGAGAGAGACCUCUUCUUGGGGCCCUGCUAAAAAGCAGGUACAGCCAAGUUGCAAGACUUCAGGAACUUGGUACCUUGAUUCUUAAUUGCUUUUUUUUAUUUCAGGGGCUAUACUCUUAAGUGAUCCCAUUCUGCCCUAUUCUAGACUGGCAAGAACUGCCCUCAGUCUUGAGGGCAGAGACUGUGAAUAAGCAAGCCACUACUGUUAACAGCAGAAUACAGACAAGAUUUAUAUAUUUGUAAUACUGGCAAAGCAGUCUGAAUGGUGACAUGGAGGGGGGAAAGGGGGGCCUUGCUUUCUUACUGGGUUUGGAGUGGGCAAACAGCUCCUGCUUUCUUUGACUUUUGUUACAGUCUCAAUCUUCCUUAUAACAUGGGAAAAAUAGGAAGUCACUAAGUCUGUUAUUACUGGUUUUCAUGGUGGUGUUUAAGGUAAUUUUUUUUUGUACAAAACACAACUUUCAAAAAUAAAAUUAAAAAAAAAAAACAAACAAAA